CUGUCUCCCUAGGUUCUGGCGGCGUUUCGCUCCGGAGCUCCACAGCCCCGUAGUCGAUAUAAGGACUGGACUCCAACUCACAGCCCGCAGUCGAUAUAACAAUGGCGCUUCGCCUAUCGCUCCUCGUCGUACUGCUCGCGCAGUCGACAACAUCUCUCCUAGCGCCGCGACCGUCGCGCACCUGCACCGUGCUGAACGCCCAGGUCGGCUCCUCCUCGCGGAGCCGCGCCUUCACCAAGACCGGCCCGCGCAAACCGCAGUCGCCGCGGCCCGAGCAGUACCCGAACGAACAGAAGCUCGAGGACCUCGCCGUCAAGAAGCGCAACAUCAAGUACGACCCCGAGUACGCCGACGACAUCGCGCGGGCAAAGAGGCGGCUCUUCGACCUGCGCAUGCGCAAGUCGCAGCGUUUGCCGUUUAAGUCGAGCGAAUUCCGCGAGCUGCGCCGCUUCGUCGCGCGGCUGAAGACGCAACAAAGGGAAGACGAGCUCCGGGCGGCCGGCGUCGACCUCAAAAAGAAGAAGCCGCGCACGCGCCGCGAGCGCCAGCGCGCGGCCGAGAAGCGCGCGCGCCAGCUCGCCCAAAAGGCGCGGAACCGCGAGCGCUACGGCAUGGAGGAGCUCGUCGUCGCCGACGACGCGCUCUAGAUAAGUAUUUUCGUGUGUGCAA